AGAUAUAAUAUUCAAGUGGAAGAAAGACACUCACAAUAAUAACCCUAUUGGCAGUAUUGGUUGCUGUUGGCAUUAUGGGAAUCAUAUGGGACAUGUUUAAAACAUAUGUUUUAAGUAGUUCUAAGGAGACAUGAGACUGAUGAGUCUGAUGUGAGACGAUCUUUCAAGCUCAUUAGAGAUACGAUUAUGAUGUAAUUUAUAUGAAAGAAUGGUUGAAUCGAAGAGAACUAACAGUUGGUGCGUUCCAUCAUUUGAUUGCGAGCCUGCAAUCAAGCCCUUAGUAAAACGUACCAAUAGAGCAGAAUUAGAUAAGACUUUGUUUGACAGAUCAUUUACGCAAAGUAAUUUCAAAAAGAGAAAACAUGAAACCAGUUUAUCAAAGCUACUUCAGGCCUGCGAGCCUCAAAGGCUGUCUGAAUUGGCAAUUAGUAGACAGAAACAGAACGAAAUCUCCAAUUGGUUUCAGAGCAAGGCGUUGAAGGGACGACCUUCCAUGUUGAUUCUUUCUGGACCUUCUGGCUGUGGCAAAACUGCAGCUAUAAAAUUACUUGCCAAAGAAAAUAGUUUUGAUGUUAUAGAAUGGAUUACACCGGUCGAUCCGGCUGAAGAUGAAAAUAAACGCGUAAUGCGACAAGGAGACAGAUUCGAGGAUCACCUGAUACGUGCAACACGUUAUCACUCAGUAUUGGGUGACUGUUUAAAACAAUUGUUCCUUGUUAAGGAUAUCCCAAAUGUCUAUCAAGAAGAUCACAAAAGCUUCUUCGCACUCUUGGAAAAAUAUUUCCAAAUGGGAAGAGAACCUGUGAUAUUCGUUUUCACGGAAACUGGUAAUUCAAAACUGAUGCACACUUUAUUUCCACCUGAUACAAGGAUGAAGUUCGGCAUUGACGUCAUCAAUAUAAACGCAGUCACGACUACAUCGAUGAAGAACAUAUUGAGACGGGUAUCUAAUACAUUGAAUUCCAUCGCUGGCGACAUGCUGCACAUCUCACAACGACACAUCGACGAGAUAUUGUCCAACAGCAUUGGCGACGUGCGCAGCGUCGUUCUAAAUCUAAUUUUUGUUUCUCUCAGAGUGCCUGAGAGACACGUGAAAAGCGAAUGCGGGAUACGGGAGGAAACUUUGGGUCUGCUACACGGUGUCGGAAGAGUCAUAAAUCCGAAAAGACAAUCACAUGGCAAUUCUUUCAAGUUUGUACACGAUCCCGAAGAAAUAGCGGCAUUCUUCCAAUCACAGUCAGUGGUGUUUGUCCAAUUUCUGCAGGAGAAUUAUCUGAAUACUAUAAGAACUUUGGAGGAAGCCGCAGUAGCGUCCGAUAUAUUAAGCCUGGCUGAUGUUCUAAAUUCUGAAUGGCGUGAUCGCAAUUUGAAUAAAGUUGCAUUAUCGUACUGCAUCCGUGGUUUGAUGCUGACGAAUGAGAAGCCUGUAACUAACUGGAACCCAGUGAGAAAACCGCGGGAUGAUCACAGUAACAUACGAAAAUGCUUGGUGAUGGCAGAAACGCGCUGUUAUGAAGCUAUAAUUAAAACCACUUCGAAGGAGACUCCAAACGAAGCGUUGAAUGAAAAUGAGGAAAUAAUUAUCGAAGAAGAUUAGACGUUGCAUUACAUAUCAAAUAUUUCUUAUAUUCUUCUCCUUUACAUACCU